UGGCCUGCCGGGUAGGGGAGGAGUCUAGUGCCGGGCCUGGCCAAGAGUAAGGAUCCGCGGUCCUCCCUCCGAGGCCGGGGGCGGCAGGCGGGCCCGCGAGUCGAUCCCGGAUCCGGAAUCUCCCGGGCAGGAGCAGAAUCGGGGUCAGGCUCUGGCCCCAUAGCCGGCCUCGCGAACUUGAGUUAGGAAAUCCCGGAACCCGGAUCCGCAGACCCCGGAACCCGGAAUUAAGAGCGGAAAAAUCCCGGAUCGCGGAGAACAAGAGCGCCGAGUCCGGGGCCGGGAGCCCGGAUCGCAACCCCGCGCGGGACGGGACGGAGCGAUGUCCGGCCGUGGCGCGGGCGGGUUCCCGCUGCCCCCGCUGAGCCCUGGCGGCGGGGCCGUGGCAGCGGCCCUGGGGGCGCCACCACCCCAAGGGGCACCCGGCAUGCUGCCGGGACCGGCGCUCAGGGGACCGGGCCCGGCUGGAGGCGUGGGGGGCCCCGGGGCCGCCGCCUUCCGCCCUAUGGGCCCCGCGGGUCCCGUGGCGCCGUACCAGCGGCCUGGCAUGUCACCCGGGAGCCGGAUGCCCAUGGCUGGCUUACAGGUGGGACCCCCGGCCGGCUCCCCAUUUGGCACAGCUGCUCCACUGCGUCCAGGCAUGCCCCCGACCAUGAUGGAUCCAUUCCGAAAACGCCUGCUUGUGCCCCAGGCCCAGCCCCCAAUGCCUGCCCAGCGUCGAGGGUUAAAGAGGAGGAAGAUGGCAGAUAAGGUUCUACCUCAGCGAAUCCGGGAGCUCGUCCCAGAGUCUCAGGCAUACAUGGAUCUCCUGGCUUUUGAGCGGAAGCUGGACCAAACCAUCGCCCGGAAGCGCAUGGAGAUCCAGGAGGCCAUUAAGAAGCCUCUGACGCAAAAGCGAAAGCUUCGCAUCUACAUUUCCAAUACAUUCAGUCCCAGCAAAGCAGAAGGCGAUAGUGGGGGAACUGCAGGAACCCCUGGGGGCACCCCUGCAGGGGACAAGGUGGCUUCCUGGGAACUACGAGUAGAAGGAAAACUGCUGGAUGAUCCUAGCAAACAGAAGAGGAAGUUUUCUUCAUUCUUCAAGAGCCUUGUCAUUGAGUUGGACAAGGAGCUGUAUGGGCCUGACAACCACCUGGUGGAGUGGCACCGCAUGCCCACCACCCAGGAGACAGAUGGCUUCCAGGUAAAACGGCCCGGAGACCUCAAUGUGAAGUGCACCCUCUUGCUUAUGCUGGAUCACCAGCCUCCGCAGUACAAAUUGGAUCCCCGACUGGCGAGGCUGCUAGGAGUACACACCCAGACAAGGGCCGCCAUCAUGCAGGCCCUGUGGCUUUACAUCAAACACAACCAGCUGCAGGACGGGCACGAGCGCGAGUACAUCAAUUGCAACCGUUACUUCCGCCAGAUCUUCAGUUGUGGCCGACUCCGUUUCUCUGAGAUCCCCAUGAAGCUGGCCGGGCUGCUGCAGCAUCCAGAUCCCAUUGUCAUCAACCACGUCAUUAGUGUGGAUCCUAACGACCAGAAGAAGACAGCCUGUUAUGACAUCGACGUGGAGGUGGAUGAUCCACUCAAAGCCCAGAUGAGCAACUUCCUGGCUUCCACUACCAAUCAGCAGGAGAUUGCCUCCCUGGAUGUCAAGAUCCACGAGACCAUUGAGUCUAUCAACCAGCUGAAGACCCAGAGGGAUUUCAUGCUCAGCUUCAGCACUGACCCCCAGGACUUCAUCCAGGAGUGGCUGCGUUCCCAGCGCCGGGACCUCAAGAUCAUCACCGAUGUGAUCGGCAAUCCUGAGGAGGAGAGACGAGCUGCUUUCUACCACCAGCCCUGGGCCCAGGAGGCAGUGGGGCGGCACAUCUUUGCCAAGGUGCAGCAGCGACGGCAGGAACUGGAACAGGUGCUGGGCAUCCGCUUGACCUAACUGCUCAGGGAUUGCAUCCUUCUGCCCAGGCCUGGAGCUCAGAAGGGGACCAGCCAGCAGGUCCCAGCCGGGACUGCAGACGGGGUGAGGGGUGUCUGCUGGCACUCAACUCCCCAGCUUUAGUUUCGUAAGCAUAGUGGUAGGAUUCCUUGUUGCUUGGUUUCCAAAGCCUUAUUCCUUCCUUUCCAUGUUGGCUUUAGCCGGGUUCACAGGCAUCUCCCCUGCCCCUGCAGGCAGGCCUCGUGGGACCACUGGAGGCUGUGCUUUGAUGUUGUAAUUGAGGCCUUUAGGAACCAAAGGCGCUGGGUUUGCAUGUUUACAGGCCCCCACCCCAGGGUGAGCAAGAGCUGGCUCUGCGGAGGGAGCCAGGCGAGGAAGACGAGGCACAGCCCAGACUCUUCCUAACCUCCUGAAACCAAAGUUCUUGGCCAUUCCUAUAAACCCAGCCUUGUUGCUGGUUUUUUCUCCUUUUCUCUGGGUAUUUGCACUAUUUGGGAGCAGGAUUUUCUAUGUGGGAGCCACUUUUUUUGUAUAGGGGUAUGUUGGGGGUUUUCAGGGAGCCCUAUUUGGUGCCUCCUCAUUCUCUUUCUUCAAUCUAUGCAAGCGGCUCCAGCCGCCAUCAUCUCCUAGGACACCAGCGGGCUGGGGAGGUGACGCCUCCUGGAGGGGGGAGGGUGGGUGUGCAAAUGGUGGAGGGCAGGAGGUGCCUGGGGGGAUCCCUGCUGUCCUUGGGGUACUUGGGAGGGUGGGUGGGUCCAGGGUUUGGCAAGUGCCACUUCUGGCAGGUUUGGAACUUCCCAAAUAAAUCCUUUUGUUUAUUG